CGCCGUGGUUGCCGGAAGUUGAGCGGCGGACCACACAGGAUGGCAAAAGCUGCUGAGACUAUGACAGUGUGAAAGAAAGAAUAACACUAGUGCAUCAGUCAGACUGACUUCAACAAGAAAGGAAGAUGCGCAAAAGUGAAGGCCAGGAAGGAUGACUUAGAAAAGUCAGCUGUGUCAUGAGGAGGCUAAACUUGACAACACAGGCAAAUCACUCAGGCUGAUUUCCAAAGUUCUGUCGUCAGUAGGCAACAGAUAAUGGCGGCAGCUACAGGGGAUCCUGGACUCUCCAAACUGCAGUUUGCCCCCUUUAAUAGUGCCCUGGAUGCUGGGUUCUGGCACGAGCUGACCCAGAAGAAGCUGAAUGAGUAUCGGCUGGAUGAAGCUCCCAAGGACAUUAAGGGUUAUUACUACAAUGGUGAUUCUGCUGGGCUGCCAGCUCGCUUAACGUUGGAGUUCAGUGCUUUUGACAUGAGCGCUCCCACCCCAGCCCACUGUUGCCCGGCUGUUGGAACACUGUAUAACACCAACACACUCGAGGCUUUCAAGGCUGCAGAUAAGAAGCUACUUUUGGAACAAGCAGCAGAUGAGAUAUGGAAAUCCAUAAAAUCAGGCGCUGCUCUUGAAAACCCUGUCCUCCUGAACAAGUUCCUCCUCUUGACAUUUGCAGAUCUAAAGAAGUACCACUUCUACUAUUGGUUUUGCUCCCCAGCUCUCUGCCUUCCCGAGAGUAUUCCCCUCAUUCAGGGGCCAGUGGGCUUGGAUCAAAGGUUUUCACCCAAACAGAUUCAAGCCCUUGAGCGUGCAUAUGAUGAUCUUUGUCUAACAGAAGGCGUCCCAGCACUACCUUACUUCUUGAUCAAGUAUGAUGAGAACACGGUGCUGGUUUCCUUGCUUAAACACUACAGUGAUUUCUUCAAAGGUCAAAGGACAAAGAUAACAAUUGGUGUCUAUGAUCCCUGUAACUUAGCCCAGUACCCUGGAUGGCCUUUGAGGAAUUUUUUGGUCCUAGCAGCCCACAGAUGGAGUAGCAGUUUCCCAUCUGUUGAAGUUCUCUGCUUCCGGGACCGAACCAUGCAGGGGGUCAGAGAGAUCACCCACAGCAUCAUCUUCGAAGUGAAGCUCCCAGAAAUGGCAUUUAGCCCAGAUUGUCCCAAAGCAGUUGGAUGGGAAAAGAACCAGAAAGGAGGCAUGGGACCGAGGAUGGUGAACCUCAGUGAAUGUAUGGACCCUAAAAGGUUAGCUGAGUCAUCAGUGGAUCUAAAUCUCAAAUUGAUGUGUUGGAGAUUGGUGCCGACUUUGGACUUAGACAAAGUUGUGUCUGCCAGAUGUCUGCUGCUUGGAGCUGGCACCUUGGGCUGUAACGUAGCUAGGACACUGAUGGGGUGGGGCGUCAGACACAUCACCUUUGUGGACAAUGCCAAGAUCUCCUACUCCAAUCCUGUGAGGCAGCCUCUCUAUGAAUUUGAAGAUUGCCUAGCAGGCGGCAAGCCCAAGGCCCUGGCGGCAGCAGACCGGCUCCAGAGGAUAUUCCCCGGAGUGAAUGCCAGAGGGUUCAACAUGAGCAUCCCUAUGCCUGGACAUCCAGUGAACUUCUCCAGUGUCACCCAGGAGCAAGCCCGCAGGGAUGUGGAGCAGCUGGAGCAGCUCAUCGAAAGCCACGAUGUCGUCUUUCUAUUGAUGGACACCAGGGAGAGCCGGUGGCUUCCUGCUGUUAUUGCUGCGAGCAAGAGAAAGCUAGUCAUCAAUGCUGCCUUGGGAUUUGACACAUUUGUUGUCAUGAGACACGGCCUGAAGAAACCUAAGCAACAGGGGGCUGGGGACUUGUGUCCCAGCCACCCCGUGGCACCUGCUGACCUGGGCUCGUCGCUUUUUGCCAACAUCCCUGGCUACAAACUUGGCUGCUAUUUCUGCAAUGAUGUGGUGGCCCCGGGAGAUUCAACCAGAGACCGGACCUUGGACCAGCAGUGCACUGUGAGCCGUCCAGGACUGGCUAUGAUUGCAGGAGCUCUGGCAGUGGAAUUGAUGGUUUCUGUUUUGCAGCAUCCAGAAGGGGGCUACGCCAUUGCCAGCAGCAGUGACGACCGCAUGAAUGAGCCUCCAACCUCUCUUGGGCUUGUGCCUCACCAGAUCCGAGGAUUUCUUUCACGGUUUGAUAAUGUCCUUCCUGUCAGCCUGGCAUUUGACAAAUGUACAGCUUGUUCUUCCAAAGUUCUUGAUCAAUAUGAACGAGAAGGAUUUAAUUUCCUAACGAAGGUGUUCAAUUCUUCACAUUCAUUCUUAGAAGACUUGACCGGUCUCACAUUGCUGCAUCAAGAGACUCAAGCUGCUGAGAUCUGGGACAUGAGUGAUGAUGAGACCGUCUGACACAGCCACCCUCGCGAUGCCAGCUUCUCGCUGGCUGCCUGCUGAGGAGCUCUCAGUGGCCGGAGCAGGACAGCCACCCCAGGACCGGCGAUUCUCGGCCCUGCGCCAUCCCAACCUCUCUGGUUCCCUCCUCGGCAUACCUCGAGGACUGGGGCCUUCCCUCUGCUGCCCAGGAGCUUCUGGUAUUCUCCAUUUCUCAUGAUUCACGACACCACCAGUUCUGAGCUAAAUAAUAACCUUGGCUUUGCCCUUCAUCUGGGACUUGGCUCCCUCCACGCGCGGUUCUUUUCUCUCGUUGUCACAGUGUUUGAGAGUCAAGCUCCCAGGAUCCUUUCCGUCUUGGCCCUUGUGGGGUGGCAGUGAAGACUGGGAGGAGAUGGCCCAACACAGACUAAAGGGGGAAGUGAGAAACCCAGUCCUAGAAGGCCACGGGGGGCAACACGGCAAACCACACGCCCUCACCGCAUCCCAUACUUUGGUGUCCGGGCGGCCAUGUCACCAGUGUGGAGGGCUGUCCGUGUAUGUGUGUCUCUCUCAGCCUGUGGCUGGGUGUCCAGCAGGCAGCGAGCAUUCAUUCAGAUGGGCUCUGCCGUGUGUCUCAGUCUCAGACUGAUUUUCUUCUUUAUCCUGGGUUUGCAAGUCUAUGACACCCACAGAGGUUGAUGUGGAAACCCAGGAGAGAGGAGGUACCUUUUCCACACUUAUCUUUAUGGUGUCAUCUUUAGUCUCAGGCCUAGAACCAAAGUCAAAAUGGCGUCUGAGGCUGACCAGAGUAGGAUUUCUGUAGGUUAGGUUUUAAAUGAGGCUUGUUAUAUGGAAUUAAAAUUACAAUUUCCAUCCUAUGUGGGGCUUACAUAGGGGUGCCUCCCUAGGCAGGUGCAGGGCCACUGAGCCCCCUCCGCCUCCCCCAGGGCCUCACAUAAGCAGAGGCCCUGGCACUAUCACUCCAAGACCCCAGGGUCACACACACAGUCCGUGGUUUAAGAGCACUUUAUUAUUGUUCUUAAGGCUACUUUUAAGUACAAAAAAAAGAUGGCCUGCCAAACCUUUUUUUUCUUCUUCCACAAAACAAAACAAAACAAAACAAAAAUAACAGGCCACAGAGAAUGGUAUAUUACAGAUUUACAAACACGGAGAGAACUGUCCGGACGCACUGCAGAUGGCGUGGCUCUGUGAAGAAGCUCACGGGCUCCUCCUGAGAACGGGGAGUGUGUCCUUUCCCGGUCAAGUGUUUGGUUUCCUGCUUCCCUGUCUGCCCGAGGCCCCCCUGGGGUACUUACUGCCUAUCCCAGAUAGGUCAGCGCACCAGGGACCUGGCUGUCCCCUCCCAAAGCGACGGCCUCGCUCACUGACAGAGAGCUGUCUGAGGAGCCCUCUUCACAGCGCCUGCCGGCAGUGGGGCUGUUUCCUGUGGCAACGCUCAGUAGCCUGUAGCAAUAACAAACUAGUGGCUAUUAAGGCAGAUGCAGUGUUCUCAUAGAAUAACUGUGUUCCUGCACUUUUACAGACAAAUCUACGACAAAAAAAAGAUCAACUUUUUUUUUUCCAAACAAAAAAAUAUGAAUGAUUACAAUAGGAAAGGGAAAAAUUAAAUAGCUACAUAUCAUUAACAAAUUAAUUGUUCUUCAAAAAAUACCUACAAAUUUCUCUGUACAUUCUUUACGCACAGCGUAAUGAUGGUCUUAAAGUUACCUAUAUAAAAAAAGUGUUCUCAACGAUUCUUCCUACAGAAAAUAUAGGGGCCUGGAUGCGAAAGCCUGGAAGCCCAGUUAAGUGGGAGUGAAAUGUGUGCAGGGGGCGAGAGGAGAAGGGCUUUUCUUUCGCUUUUCAAAGAUACCGACCGGCAGCCACCCUGUGACCACAGCAAGAGCAACGCCUCCGACCUUUUCACCUGGUGCCAAUUUUCAAAAUUACCCAGUUAACCUAUAUUUUUCUCACUGAAAACCAGCCUUGAGGGUUCCCAUGAGUCCACAAUGCCUUGCAGGUGAAGUGGUCACGCCCAAGUCACCUGGCCAGGUGACUUCCUAAGCCCUCUGGUGGGCGAGGCUGGAAUGUAGCCCGGUGGCGGGGCAGGGGGAUAGACACAUGCAAUUACCAAAAAGAUCAGCUACUGAACAUCCACAGCUGUGUCUGUCAUGCUUUCUUCACCUAAUUUCUAGUUAAUAGCUAUUACUAUAGCAAAUGAUAAUAAAUGCAGUAAUAACUGUAUAAAGUCAGAGGAAUGUAUACUGCCUUGGCCCCAGCGUACGAGGAAGCAUACAAAAUACCAUAUCACAGAUUGUCAGUAAUCUGCUGUUCAGCCAAGUGAGUUAAAGGGGGCAGUUUCUGCAUGGAGGGAAGCUGAAGACACAAACCCCAACUCCCCCAGGAUCUAUUAAUAAAAGCAGGCAGGGAUGGGAAAAAAAAAAAAA